AUGACCAAUCACACUGAUAUAGAGACAGCACAAUUCCAAGUUAUUAAAACUGCUUUGCGUAAAGGCAGAAAAUAUGAUAAUCUUGCGAAAAAUUAUGGUGACUUUUUAAAGAAAUUACGGGCUGAAAAAAAUCCAAAUGACUAUAUUAAGUCAAUCGCUGUAAAAAUGUUUCCUAACGAAGAAGCAUAUACUCUAAGGCUAGAAAAUUAUCGCAAAAGAUAUGUCGAUAAUGAUUUGUUUAACAGCCUAGAGAAAUUAUAUAUACUUUACUAUCAAAUAGCCAAGGAGGAAAAUCGUGAAAGAUCUGAAGAAGAGGUAGAACAGAUGUUAAAAG